UCCACAGAUCUAAGCAUCAGCCUGAGAGUGAAGAAGAGUAAGUCUGUCCACUGCACUGGAAGUCUGUAGAACAAUGGUCCUGCCCACUUUUCUCUAUGGAUGCAAGACUAUGACUGUGUGCCAGCAUCAUGCCAAGUAGCUCAACUACUUUGACCUGACCUCCCUUCGGAAGCUUCUGCCGAUCAGAUGACAGGACAAAAUAUCAGAUACUAACGUGCUUACCCGAGUUAGCAUGUCAACUAUCCACACCAUAUUGAGACAGUCACAAAUGAGUUGGGCAGUUCAGAAUGCCUGACUUUUACUUACCAAAAAGCGAAUCUUCAAUGGAGAGCUUGAGUAUGAGGUGCACUGUCAUGGUGGUCAAAAGAAGUGCUACAAAUACACUCUGAAGCUUCACUGAGGAGUUUGAUAUCGACUUCAAAUUCUGAGGGAGGAGCUUGCCCAGGAUCGCUGCACCCGACAGCCGUAUUAAAAAAAAAUGAUGCAGCCUCCUUUGAAAGCAAGCACAUAUCAGAGGCACAGAGAAAAUGCAAGGAGAGGAAAUCCCACAUCAGCAGCUCAUCCAAAACUCUAAAUUGUCUGUGGUAUCCUGCCCCGUUUGCAGUAGAACCUUCUGGACACAGAUCAACCUUAGCAGCCACCUACGUACUCACCAGAACCCUACCAAACAUCCUAGUGUGCGCGCACACGCACACGCACACGCAAAUGUACGUUGUAAUCAGCCCUCUUCAUCCACCGCCCAAACCUCUCCACCCCGCCAGACACAGUAUCUAGUUGCCACUGCAAAUCGCUAGCCCAGGGUUAGUAGCCUGUAUCUCAGACACAGAAGCUGAAACACAGCAAAGUUUGAAGCCGCCUUUCACCUUCCUGACUCGCUCAGCACUCACUUCCAGAAGUGUUUAAUGACAUUAAAGAGUGCUUUGGGCUCACCGUCUGACCCUUGCUGUUUGGUGGCAUCGAUCCAGUGGUCCCCAGGGCUGACCCGCCACAGACUCUGGACUGGGUACUCUCCUCUUCACAGUCACCAUUGCUGUCUCGGAGGUGGGGCUGCUUGCGAUCCCAAAAAAUACCUCUGCAACCCCCAUUGGUAGUCGUGCUCCAUAGUUUGGGAACCACCGAGCUAAUAGAUGCUGGCGUCUCCAUCACCAUCGACAUCAGGGCAGCUAUCUCAGUUUGGUGCAAGUUUAUAUGGGCAAAGUGCAUUAGGCCUUCCGAUGAGGGGAAUGGGCAACAAUAACCCUCAGUUAAAUCGCAGCUUAUCACAAGGUACUCAGUUACCUAAUCAUGUAACGCCAACAACAGGAGUGCCCACAAUGUCACUUCAUACUCCAUCUUCACCAAGCAGGAGCAUUUUGCCUAUGAAUCCCAGGAAUAUGAUGAAUCAUUCCCAGGUUGGGCAAGGGAUUGGGAUUCCAGGGAGGACAAAUAGCAUGAGCAGCUCUGGUUUAGGCAGUCCAAACAGAAGCUCACCUAGCAUUAUAUGUAUGCCAAAGCAGCAGCCAUCCCGGCAGCCUUUUACAGUGAGCAGUAUGUCUGGAUUUGGGAUGAACAGGAAUCAGGCUUUUGGGAUUAAUAAUUCACUUUCAAGUAACAUUUUCAAUGGCACAGAUGGAAGUGAAAAUGUUACAGGGUUAGACCUCUCAGAAUUUCCAGUACUAGCAGAUAGAACCAGAAGGGAAGGAAGUGGCAAUCCUACUCCACUAAUAAAUCCGUUGGCGGGAAGGACUCCUUAUGACACUGGGUUCCUUUCGAAAAUGGGCAUGCUGGGAACUGUCCGUGUGUCCCGUCUUCAGAAAUCAGUUGGGAUGGUGACAAAGCCAGCAAAUGAACAGUCCCAGGACUUCUCAAUCCAUAAUGAAGAUUUCCCUGCACUUCCUGGCUCCAACUAUAAGGAUCCAACUUCAAGUAAUGAUGACAGCAAAUCUAACCUGAAUACACCAGGAAAAAAUGUAUCCAGUACAGACGGGCCCAAAUUUCCUGGCGAUAAAAGCUCAACGACGCAAAACAACAACCUGCAGAAAAAAGGGAUCCAAGUGUUAUCUGAUGGACGAGUCACUAAUAUUCCUACAGGAAUGGUUACAGAUCAGUUUGGAAUGAUUGGACUUUUAACGUUCAUUCGAGCGGCAGAGACUGAUCCCGGCAUGGUACAUCUCGCAUUAGGCAGUGACUUAACAACACUAGGCCUCAACCUAAACUCUCCAGAAAACCUCUAUCCCAAAUUUGCAUCUCCUUGGGCAUCAGCACCCUGCCGACCUCAAGAUAUUGAUUUUCACGUUCCAUCGGAGUAUCUAACAAACAUACACAUUAGGGACAAGCUUGCUGCAAUAAAACUUGCCCGCUACGGAGAGGACCUCCUUUUCUAUCUAUACUACAUGAAUGGAGGAGAUGUCUUACAGUUACUUGCAGCAGUAGAGCUAUUUAACCGAGACUGGAGGUACCACAAAGAAGAGCGAGUCUGGAUCACCAGGGCCCCAGGAAUGGAGCCAACAGUAAAGACCAACACCUAUGAAAGGGGGACAUACUAUUUCUUUGACUGUCUUAACUGGAGAAAGGUUGCUAAAGAGUUCCACCUGGAGUAUGAUAAACUAGAGGAAAGACCUCAUCUGCCGUCAUCUUUGAACUACAACCCUGCUCAGCAAGCCUUCUAAAGACUUAACUGUUCAUGGGGUAUGGCUGUCUCAGCACAAUACUCAAACUGCGGAAACCGAAGUGGCUCAGGCAUCCUGGUUUUUAUUCUUUGAGGAUCUGGCAAUUGGCUCAUGUGGAUGGAUCGACAUUUUGAAGUCCUGCCUUAGUAAUUAUGUGCUGCCCAACACAACUGAAUUUGUAUUGUUUUUUUUUCUGUUUUUUUUUUAUUAUUUUGAGCAGGGUAUGUUUAAAAACGACACACAAAAUAAUUUUUCAGCCUACAGGCAGACUUUGUUCUGCUAAAAGACAAGUGGACCGACAACAUUUUCAUUGCUAAAUUUCCAAAGUGUAAAAAUUUAAAAAGUUUGCAUCGUUCAUUGUAGCAUUACUGGUAAUAAUAAAAAAAAAUGUUUAGUGCAUUUUUAUGUGAAGAUCCUCCUUGUAUUUCAUUUGGAAAGAUAAGCAGCCUGCAUUUGAUUUGUCCAUUUUACUACCCCUAAUGUUUUUGAAUGGCAUUUCCGCCAAGUUAAAUGCAAGAACAUUUGACUGUUUAAGUGAACAUUAUUGCCACGACCUCUGGACGUUUUCCACGGUUGUGUUCACUGGGCUUCAUCUUUCCAGAAUGAGCAAAACACUGUCCAGUCUUUGUUACAAUUUUGUAAUAAAAGUGUACAUUUUUUUAAUUUUUGGACAUCACAUGAAUAAAGAUAUGUAUGUACGAAUGUGUAUAUAUUAUAUAUAUGACAUCUAUUUUGGAAAAUAUUUGCCCUGCUGUACCUCAUUUUUCGGAGGUGUGCAUGGAUGCAAUACAUGAAAACAGGACAUUUCGGGAACUGCUGAGCAGGGGACCGCUGUGUCGCCCUGUGCACUUAAGGGCCAGAUUUUCAGCAGCCAAGGACAUCCAUACCCAAUUGAACAUGAUGGGACUUCAGGAAGUGAACUGAGACAAUUCACAAUGGCUGGUUGAACAGCAGCAUUUCAUAGGAAAAAAAGAAUUAAAAAAAAAUCAAUCUUGUAUUUUCUGACCACAUUAAAGCUUCUUCUCUUUGUAAUAAAGUAGAAAAGCUGUCCUAA